AUGUCUUACGUCCAAAAACAACAGCAACAACAACAGCGUCCAUACAAUGUUCGUCGCCAUAAACAAAUCGUUGCAUACCGCUCUCCGCCACCCUCUAAACCCGCCCCUAAUGUACUAAGUCGACCACAUACAAUGCAUCCCAAUCUUCAAAAGUUAAGAAUCGAUCCUCCGGUCCUCCUAUUACUCAUCCUCUGCAUUGUCGCCUUACUUCUCUGGCUCUCCUGCGGAAUCUACAUGGUUGUGAACUGGUACAUCCAUAGAUUACGGGCCGCCAAAUAUGGCUUGGAAGAUAACACGAAUCGAGACAUUCUUAUGGCUAAGCUUGAUGGAAGAACUUAUUCGAGUGAAGAGAAUGGGAGCAGAAAAUUCGGGCAGGCAGUGAAAUGGUCUCAUCCUUCUCCAUUAAAAACAGAUGUCAAGUUAGAACAUGCCUGGACGGGAGAAAUAGCGGAUUUAUCCAGACAUCAGAGUGUAUCGAGUGGAAGUGCAUGUGCUGUGUUGGGAGACGGCUGCAAGAGAUCUCCAAGCCUUGGGGGUCGAAGGAGGAGCGCUAUUUGA